CAUCCGCUGCACCACGCUACCUGCAAGCUUGGAUCAGCUCCCCACUGGGAUAGUACUAAUAAAACCAUCUGAACGGUCCUCUUUCAAAGCUUGAGCCAGAGGUAACAAAGAGCUCAGAGGCAGCAUCCAUCGGUCAGUCAGCGGUGACUCACUGCGCACGGUCAGCCAGUCAGCAGGGGCUUGAAUUUUGCGCUUGGCUCUGAAGAAUCGAUAUCUCACAGACUCAUAUAUUCUGGUGGAAGGCGUGGCUUGGUGUCACCGACACAGGGUUGAAUUUUUCAAUAUUCAUUUCUAGGGUUUAGUCUCAUCUCACAAACACGGGCGCGCAAACGGCACCCACGGCACGGGACAUCAAGGAAUUGCAUAAAGCGCCUGAUUGUGCAUCCGUACCCGUCUUUGGAUUACCAAAUAUUUAAAGAUUGAAACUUCAAAUUCAGCAUGGGAACUAAUCCAAAAAGGACAGUGACAGUCCAGAUGGUGCCUCAGCUGGCUGUGGUAGACUCACUGGGAAAUAAGGAGUCUAAUGCCAAUUGGGAUACCGAGCCCCACCUCACACUCUCUCAGGUUUGUCCAAAGUCCUCCCCCACACCCCCUGAUCAGCAGGAUAACCUAUCUGUGAUGACUGCUCCCACCAACACCACCCCACAGACAGCUUCCAAGGGAGGUGAACCAGUUAGCAGCCCUAUGUCUGACAAACCAGCAGCAAGCAAUGGAAACCAGACAAAAUCUGAGGCUGUAACAGGUGUAGAUCAGCACUUGCCAAACCAGUCACUAAGAGGCCAAGGUGUGGAUGAGACAGGAGGCGACCAGAGGGAUUCUAAUGCUAAUGUGAAAAUGUUAAGCCCGGCCAGUGGAAAGGAUGUGUGUAAGGACGGUUUGUCAACUGCUGUUACAGCAUCGAUUGUUGACAUGCAUAGCAAUGACUACAGAAUAAAAGGGCCGAGUGCACCAGAGGAGGAUCAUGUGCAACUAAAAUCCUCAGCCAAAGCCACAGCAAGCAACGUUAGUGAUAAACAUGUUUCUCCCAAUAACAAAAAUCUUACUAAUGCUGGUGAAUUAAGGAAUGCAGCAUCUGAAUCUCAGCGUGAUAACAAAGGGGGUAUUUCAGCUCCAAACAAGGAUACUGCUGUGUCACAGAAAAGUGAAGAGACUGGUCGUUUACAAAGCUCUUCAUCAAGCUCUGUAGUACCAAAACCUAAAGAAAGCAUGGAAACUUUACCCUCCGCUACACUUCCAUCUAUGAGUAAAGAAGCAGAGGCUGGGUCUAAAAAUCUGAAUACAUGUUCAGCACAGUCUGAGAAGGAUUUUCCACCAGCAAAGAGACCACAAGUCUCCUUAGAUAAACAUCAGCCUGUUUAUUCACAGAAAGACUCCUUCACUUUGCCCCCGGCCACACAAAACAUGCCGACAUGUGGGGAGGUGGCUGAGACAACCAGCCAGACUGCCACAGCUGUCUUUGCAGGAGAGCAGCCCAGCAAGCUCUACAGGGAGGCUUCCACUAUGACCUCAUCACCAUCACCGCCCACAAUCAAGCGGUGUCAUGAUAUGGAGGUUCAGGCUGUAGCUGACACGUCUAGUAAGGCUGUAGCCACAAGUCCGAGUCUGCUUCCUUUUACUGCGACUCACAGGCUGAGCAGUGGUGCAGUCCCUUGGGAGGAGGCGCAGAGCCUGGCUAUAGUCUACCCGGUUAAUGAUGGAGUGGGUUUCCAGCAAAUGUACACAGCUUCUCUAUCCACCACCACUGCUCAGAUGUCAGAGAGACUCACUGUAGAAGCAGAAAUGUGCCCCAACCAUAAUGUUGCUUUCAAAUCAGAAACUUUGCCCACACAGCUCGACUCCUCACCCGGAGCCAAGCCUAAAGAACUAGGAUCAGCUGUGUGUAACAUUCAACCAGUUUAUCAAAUUAACAUUGAACACAGCAGUCACAAGAAGCAAGGCGAGGCAAGUGACGUCCAUAAUAAAAGUGGAGUUCAGGCAUCUGUGGAAAAAACAGCUCCUUCUCUCAAAGCAGGGACACCCCCAGGGACAGCUAGUGCUUCUAAGUCUGAAUCUGCUGACAGAAACAAUGCUGCGCUGUCACAGGCUGCUGUUACAUCCAAGGCCAAGCAAUCCCUGCCUAUAACAACAACAACAGCAAACACAACAACCAAGUCAGAUCUAACUAAAAAUAAGGCCUCGACGAAGAACACUAGCUCCAAUAAGAAGAUAGAACCAGAGAGAAACAACAAGGAGGAUGAUCAGUCAGGGAAGCAGAAAGGAAAAAGUGUCCACGAUGUUGUCUGGGAUGAACAAGGAAUGACUUGGGAGGUCUAUGGGGCUUCAGUGGACCCAGAAUCUCUUGGAUUUGCCAUCCAGAGCCACUUGCAGUGUAAAAUCAAGGAGCAAGAGAGGAAACUGAUGGCCCAGACCUCCUUCAGAAAGUCAAUCUCUGCUGUUGAUUCGCCACAACAUGGCAAAAAGAACAAAAGGAGGCAGCAGAACAUUUUCAGGUCAAUGCUGCAAAAUGUCAGACGGCCCAACUGCUGCGUGCGUCCCCCUCCCUCCUCUGUCCUCGACUAGCAUGGCACAGAGAUAACCAAUGACAGACUCCUCCCUUUUCCUAGAGGUCACAAUGUUUGUCCUCCCCUCGUCAUGAUUGCAAUGCCAAGUGAAACAUUUAUGGGACGUCGAUCCCU